ACGACAACCCUAAAUGUUCACACGUAUUGUUAGAGAACAAGGUUGGCUCUCUCUUAGACUUUUGCCCAGGCGGUUCAAGUCACUGUUGGCCGUCACCCAGUAUGACCACAAGUACAUUACCGUCGCUUUUGACGAAAACAGCUCUGUCCAGUUCAGCAACGUGUUUUUGAGAGAUGCAUGCCCUUCCCCUGAAUCCAUAGAGGCCAGCUCCAGUCAGAAACUUUUCACCACCGGAAGCAUUAUUAAGGACUUGAAGAUCAAGUCUAAGCCCAAGGUUGUCACAGAUUCCCUUGGGAACGAAUGCUUACAAGUGGUCUGGAGUCAAAAUAAUAAGGAUCACAUCUCUGAGUAUCCGAGGAUGUUCUUGGAACACUAUGCUACCCGUUCUUCGAGAUUGGAGGGACAAUUCUUUGGCUACGAUAGAGUGUUUUGGGACAACGACAAGUACAGUAAGGUUUUUCCCGAGAUGAAUAUCAGUUAUCAUGAGUAUUUGAAUAACGAUUCUACGUUCUUCAAAGCGGUCAAAAGCUUGAAUCAGUACGGACUUGUAUUUGUCAACGGUGCUCCGGAUCUGGAUAUGUCUCAAAUCAUGACAGAGGAGAACACACAACAGUGGCCGGUUGCUAAGUUAGCAGAGAAGUUUGGUUACAUAAAGAAAACCUUCUACGGAACAUUGUUUGAUGUGAAAAAUAUCAAAGAUGCCAAAAACAUCGCUUAUACAAACGUAUUUUUACCCUUGCAUAUGGAUCUUUUGUACUAUGAGUCUCCACCUGGAUUGCAGCUCUUGCAUGCAAUUAAGAAUUCAACUUUGGGUGGUGAAAACAUCUUCUGUGAUUCUUUUCUUGCUGCCAAGCACAUUCGUGAAACCGACCCUUCAGCCUUUUUGGCUUUAACCCAAAUCCCACUCACCUACAAAUACGACAAUGACAAAGAGUUCUACUAUUAUCAAAGACCUUUGAUUGUGGAAGACGAAAUUUUUGACACACGAACCCACUACCCGUUCAUAAAAGAGGUCAACUACUCACCUCCUUUUCAAGGACCCUUCGAGUUGGGAAUUACUAGAACUGCAACCAUGGGAAGCUCUGCUGCUGAAAACGGUAACCAUUUCAUGUUCAACGACUUCAUUAGAGGCUUGAGUCUUUUUGAAGAUUUCAUUAAUGAUCCAGUCAACCAUUUUCAAAUCAAGCUUCCUGAGGGAACUUGUGUUGUUUUCGAUAACAGAAGAGUCUUACAUUCGAGAAACGAGUUCUCUGAUUCCAAUGGUGGUGAUAGGUGGUUAAUGGGAGCAUACGUUGACGGAGAUAGUUUUAGAUCGAAAUUAAGAAUAGCCCAUAAGAAAUCAGAUUAAUUUACAAUAUACUUAUUACUUUGACUAUAAUUUAAUACAAUAUACACGAUUUUUGUCAGGAGUUUUUUAGUAUCCAAAGCCUCCAUAAGCAGCUUGAGGAUUAACACCCGCAAGCCCUUGGCUUCUUUCAGUCAAGAUUCUGGCUUGACUUUUAUAGGUUUGUUUGAACCCGUUACAUAAACGAAGCAUGUUUGGAUACGAAAAGUCCUUCAAUCUGAAUCCAUCAGCUUCAGUCUUAACGUGCCAAGUAGUGAUGGGAGUGUUGACAUUGACUUUGAAAAGCAACAAGAACCAUCCAGGGGCUCUGUGAUCGUAACAAAACACAUAGGCACUACUCUUAGGAUUGGCCUUGGUGUAAGAGUUCAACCAUUCAUUCACUUCUGCCAAGGUACCUUCACGGAACUUUGGAUGACGAAUCAUCUCAUGGACCUUCUUGGCCAUAGAUUGAAUGUGUUGGAAAAUCAACUGGUCCAAAUCCCCGUAUCUUUUGUUUUCAACAACAUAUUCCUUUGCAGUACCCCGAAGUCUUUCUUCUACCACAAGAUGUUGGAAAAGGUUGGUUCCAACUUUCCAAGUGACAGUCAAAAACUGGGGACCCCUUGAAGACGGACGAAUUACACAGUCUCCAACAGAUUGAGGAGCCAAGUAUUCUUCAGCCUGUUUGUGGUUGAAGUUAUGGAACAAAGGAUGUUGAACGUGUCUUGUCUUUGCCUGCUUGAUUCUUUCUUUUGCAACCUCCUUUUGUUUAUCCGUCUCUUCUGCAUUUAUGUCCCAUUUGAGUGGAUCCUUAUGAACCUUUGGUUGCAAUGCUCUUUUGAUAUCUUGUUCUGCAAUGCUGAACAGAGCUUGAAAGUUUUCGUAGUAAGCUUCAAGUACAACCGCUUGUAAAACUUGCCCUUGUCCAACUUCAAAGUUUUGAGGAAUGGA